UUUUUUUUUUCUUUCUUUUCUUUUCUAAUUUGUGUGUGUGUGUGUGUGUUUUUCUUUUUAGCAAUGAUGCUUCGUUUUAAUCGUUUUAUUUCAAACAUACAUAAAAGACAAUUAGCUCGCUGCAUAACAUCAAGUGCAAUAGAAAGACCUCAUUCUCAUGCAUUUUAUGAUGAUCAAAUAACUAAUUUUGCAAGCAAACCUAUAAAACCUGUAACACUGAAACAACUCGUCCGAUAUGGUCAACCUCCACUAUCAAAUGAAAGUUUAGAGGCAUGCAUUCAAUAUACAAAAACUGAAUUACCCGUACGUUUAGCAAGACGUGUUAGAGCCUUUCAAAGCUUACCUUUUAUUGUUGGAACAAAUCCUUAUAUUAAAGAAAUUUACAACCUUUAUUACGAUUCUUUCGAUUCUCUUGUAAGAUAUGCAUCUCCUCAUUAUGCAGGUGAUGAUUAUAUAGAUAGACUUAAAGCCUUUGUUGAACGUCACAGUGAUAAUAUUCCUACAUUAGCAAGAGGCUUUUUAGAAUGCAAACAAUAUAUGAAUACACAAGAGAUGGUGCGGUUUUUGGAUGAUAUGAUACAUGCGCGUAUUGGCAUUCGUCUGAUUGCUGAACAAGCUAUUGCACUGAAACAACAAACGAAUAAUAACAAUAGUCUCAUUGGCAUCAUUGAUACCCGACUACAACCCCAUCUUCUUAUCAAACAGUGUGCUGACUUUGUAGCGGAGCUCUGUGAGUUCAACUAUGGUCAAGCCCCUGAAGCGAUCAUCAACGGUCAUCAUAACUUUGAAUUCACCUAUAUACCUGUGCAUCUUGAAUAUAUUCUAACAGAACUAUUAAAGAAUGCAUAUCGUGCCACAGUAGAGAAUCAUCAGCGAUUGGGACGUUUAACGGAUUUGCCACCUAUUCAGAUUACAGUGAGUCAGGGAGCUCAGGAUAUGUCAAUUAGGAUAAGGGAUCAGGGAAAUGGGAUUCGACAUGAGGAUCUAGAACGUGUCUUUGAAUAUUCAUAUACAACUGUUAAAAAGCAACUAGAGGAGGAGGAGGAGGAUGGAGAGGAUCCAUCUAAUAUUUUUCGAGGAAUUACUGAAAUGGCCAUGCAAAGUGGUGUGGGUGGGCCAUUAGCAGGAUUAGGUUUUGGUUUACCUUUAGCUAGAAUGUAUGCACGUUACUUUGGAGGUUCAUUAACGUUAGUAUCCAUGUAUGGUUAUGGAUGUGACGUAUUUUUAAAGCUAAGACAUAUUGAUGAUUCAAUGGCAGAAGGUGUAGAAAUAUAAAGUAGUCAAAGGAUAAUAAGAAAAUGUAGUAAAAUUUGAUUUACAUAUAAUUUGUUAUUAUAAAAAGAUAAAAUAAAAAAAAUAAAAAAAA